AUGGCGACCUCGCACACAUUUCCGCCUGAAGAGACUCUUCCUCAUCCACCCAUAAAUUUCGCUAAGCAAGCUGUAAUUUAUAACAAGAAAGGAACUAAAUGCAUGAACAUUGUUAAAGAACCUUCCCCGACGAAUCAAUCACCAAUAUCCUCACCCCCAGGUCAAGACUUCGAUGCGUUAGCCUCGUCACACCAAGCUCAAAAUGGUAUUCAGGCUUUAAACAAUUCGUCAAAUAAUUAUACCAUUGAAUUGGAAUUACCUAACGAAAUUGAUGAAGAUUUAGACGAGUUUUAUUCAGACGAUGAUGGUUAUGAUCCUGAAGCUCCCGAAAUUCCUAUUCCACAUGGUAUCUGGAAUACCAAUAAUAGUGAAGAACGUCAACGGAUACGUGAAUUUUGGUUGCAGUUAGGGGAAGAAGAAAGGCGAAGUCUGUUAAAAGUAGAAAAGGAAAUGGUUCUAAAAAAAAUGAAAGAACAACAAAAGUCUCCAUGUUCUUGUUCCGGUUGUGGCAAGAAGAGAACCGCUAUUGAGGAAGAGCUCGAGAUCCUUUAUGAUGCAUAUUACGAAGAACUAGAACGAUAUGCAAAUCAACAAGAACAACAGAAUGGUCUUGGCAAUUCAAUGUCAUCCAUGGGUAGUGAAAAUGGUAGUGAUACAAGGAGAGAAUUAUUUCAAUUUGGAAAUAGUUUGACUGUUAAAGGCGGUAUUUUAACUGUAGCUGAUGACCUACUAAAAAAUGAUGGCAAAAAGUUUCUCGAAAUGAUGGAAACUCUUGCCGAAAAACGAAUGCAGCGGGAAGAAGAGGACAAUAUGACAGAUGAACAACGUAUGAAGGAGAGCAAGCAAAUGUUCCAGAUAUUCGCCGCGAAAAUGUUUGAGCAGCGGGUACUAAAUGCAUAUAAAGAAAAGGUUGCGCAAGAACGGCAAAAAAAAUUCUUGGAAGAAUUAGAGGAAGAAAAUCGAUUAAAAGAAGAACGUGAACAGAAAAAGUUAAAAGAGAAGGAAAAAAAGAAUGCAAAGAAGCGUGCUCAAAAACAACAAAAAGAGGAAGAGCGUGCUCGAAAAGAAGCUGAAAGGCUCGCAGAGGAAGCUGCCUUAAAGGCAGAGCGUGAGCGAAAAGCAGAAGAAGAGCGUAAACGUCGAGAAGAAGAACGCUUACGCAAAGAAGCAGAAAGACGUGCUAAAGAGGAAGAGAGACUAAAAAAAGAGGAGGAAAAACGUCGAAAAGCUCGUGAGGAAAAAGAGAGAGAGGAGCGGCGUCGAAAAGAGCAAGAAGCAAAAGAGCGUAAAGAACGAGAGGAGAGAGAGCGUAAAGAAAGAGAAGAACGUGCUCGAAGAGAACAGGAAGCUAAAGAGCGUAAGGAACGUGAAGAACGUGAAAGAAAAGAACGACAAGAGAAAGAAAGGAAAAUAAGGGAAGAGAAAGAGCGUAAGGAACGUGAAGAGCGUGAGAGAAGGGAACGUGAAGAAAGAAUACGUAAAGAGACACCAAUUGGUCAGCCACCAUUACAGCAGCAACAGCAGCCACAGCAACCACCUCAAUCACAGCCACCUUCAUCGUCCUCAAAUCAAAUAGGUGUUCAAGCAAAAGCUGUUGGUCAAAUGUCAAACGGGGGAGCAAUAAAUUGGAUGAGUUAUCCAACUCACGAAGCCCCUCAACAACUUCCCGUUAAUCAGCCACCACCACCCCCUCAUCUUCCUCCUUCACAUCAACCCCCUCAUCAUUUAUUUGGAACAGCUGGUGCUCCACAACCACCUCCGUUUGGUACACAAGGACUAAGUGGCCUAAAUGGUCAUACUAGUAUUCCCAAUGACAUUAUAAAUGAUAUCUACACGAACAAUAAAAAAAUAAUAAAUACUCCUCCUCUUCCACCACAACCUCAAACGAACACUAUUCCCGGUAUAAAUCCUCAAUCUUCUUUAUUUGCUACAGGGUUGGGGCCAAUUGGCAUGGUGCCACAACAGCAUCAUGGUCCACCAGUGAUCCAUCCGCAUCAUCAGCAAAUGAGACAAAAUAUACCACCACCACCUCGUGGCUAUAAUCCUAUAACUGCAAAUCCACAUUUACCUGUUCCUCCUCCAUCAUCUGUUACUUCUUCAAAUUUAUCUAUUCUUAAUGAUUCAGUAAUUGGUGGUGGUAAUACUGGUGGUGGCAGUGCUAAUAUUAAUGCAGGUGUGCCAUCAACAUUAGGGAGUAAUCAACCUACCGGAUUUGGUGGUGGUUUGCCUUUAGGUGGCGGAGGACAAGGACCAUUGGGUACACAAACAUUUAACCUAGGUACUCAAGUGAUUGGACAACCAUCGACAAAUAAUGUUCCAAAUUCUCCUUUACCUCCGAUCGGUCAUUCUCGUCGUCUCUCGACACAUCAUGAUGAUUCGCAUGUCAUUCAACCACCAAAUAGUGCGAAUUCAAAAACCAUACAACGACCCGCACCUAUUCAAAGGCCACGAAGGGGAUCCGCUUCUAAUGCUUCGCAACCCAUGGAAAUGCGUACAAGAUCACCACCUCCAGGAUUUGGAGUUGGAUCAAGUGUGCUACGUGGAGAUGAAGUACCUUUAUCGAUGGCAAGUCGACGACAAAGUCUCGCAACUCCUCUAGAAACAGCAACCUCGUAUUUCUCAAAUUCUCUGUUUUCGACAUUACCAGGUGGUUAG